AUAGACUGAUCAGCGCAGCCGCUUAUAUCGCGAAUCUAGACUGAAUCGGUCGGCUGCGAACUUUCUCGUCGCCUGCACGUUGCGUCGUCAUGUGCUUCUUCCUGACGGUCGCGCGUCUGUUCCCUAGCCAACCAGCCUGCGUUUCGAUGUCUACUCUGUCAAUCCUCCGCUGUCUCGCAAACUUCCUCGACACCUUUCACAACACAACAUGCGUGGCUUGUCAUUCAUUUUGGCCGCUCUGCCCCUCGUGAGCGCAGAGGUCGUGCUCGAUCUCGUCAGACGAUACCAUGGUCCGUCACUCCACAAGCGGCAAGUGCCAUCGCCGUCGCACUUUUGCACGACAGCUCACUCCUGAGCAGAAGCCAUGACCAUCGCUCUGGCCAUCAUCGCUCGCAUCGGGCCAACAUGAAGCACCAUGGUGCAGGUUACCAUGCUGAAGUGAUUCCGGGGCAGCAACAAGGAGCGAUCCUGCGCCAUGGAUCGCUUCACUCGCAUGCCUUUGCAUACUAUGCCGUCGACUUCAAGACAGGCACCGGCCCUGGUGGCCAACCGCAGACAUGGUCCCUCAUCGUCGACAGCGGCAGUCCGUUUACAUUCGUGGGAGCCAACCCCGCAAGACCCUACAGAACAGGCCAAGCCAAGACGGCUCUCGGCCCCUUUCAGGAGUCUUUCAGAUCGGCCCAUCCUGGCGUUGCUGGCCAGCUCACACAGGACUUUACCCAACUCGAGCCGACGCUCAACGCGGAGACUUAUUUCGGCGUCGCUGACCCCGCGCAAUCCAAGGCGUUCAAUACGGGCAGUCCGGAUGCUGAUGGUGUGCUCGGUCUUGCCGUUCCCGUCUACUCGACCUACUUCACACCAGACGCUCGAUUCUCAUCCUACGUUGAGCAGAUCAAGACAAAGAGUCUCAUCUCCGCCAAUGUCGUUGGCCUGUCGCUCAAGCGACCCACGACGGGAGAUGUUGACGUCGGUCAGAUCUCCUUUGGUACACCUACCGAGCCGGGGAUCGUCUGGACACCCCGCAAGGAUGUACUCGGUCAGCCCGUCUGGGCUGCCGACAUGACUAUCCCUGGACUUGGCUUGACGAACUUUGCGGUCCUCGUCGAUUCCGGCACAUCGCUCUUCUUGCUAUCUACUUCUGCGCAUGCUGCUUUCGUGAAAACGGUCAAGGGUGCCGUCAUUGAUCCCGCGACGGGCAUGGUCAAGAUGCCCAAGGCGAUCAUUCCUCCUGCAUUGGCCUUCACUGUCGGAGGACAAGUAUUCACUCUGUCGGGUGAGGAUCAGCUAUUGAGCGAGGCAGACGCUACCUUCAACGGCUUCGACACAGCCUUCAGCUGGAGUAUCUUUGCCUCCACGGGCGCUGAAGGACCGGGCAGUGUGAUCUUUGGCAUGAAAGGCAUGGAGGUGCUCAAGACGGUCUACUUUGACUCUGACAAUGAUCGUCUUGGCUUUGUCUGAUCGUAUGCAUCCCCCCCAGUGGCGCUCC